AUGGCGUCUGUUAGUGGACCGGAGGCGACGGCGGCAGCCAACAGCCAUGCCGCGAAGAAUGCCAAGGAGCUGCCACCGGCUCAGGCCACAGAAGCCGUGCUCGUAGUGUCGGAGGAGAUGCCGGCCAACGCCCAAAAGGUCGAGGAGCUGGACUUCAACAAGCUCAAGGGCCGUCCCAUCACGGUCGACGAUCUGUACCAGGGAAUGAAGAACAUGGGCUUCCAGGCGUCGACCAUCGGCGAGGCUAUCCGCAUUAUCAAUGAUAUGAGAGCGUGGCGGGACCCCGAAACAGGCGACGGCACCACCAUCUUCCUCGGCUACACGUCCAACCUGAUCUCGUCCGGCCUGCGGGGUGUCUUGCGCUACCUUGUCGAGCACAAGCACGUGUCCUGCGUCGUGACGACGGCCGGCGGGAUCGAGGAGGAUUUUAUCAAGUGCCUGGGCGACACGUACAUGGGCAGCUUCAGCGCAGAUGGCGCGGACUUGCGACGCCGCGGCCUCAACCGCAUCGGCAACCUGGUGGUGCCCAACGCCAACUACCGCGCGUUUGAGGACUGGAUCGUGCCGAUCCUCGACACGAUGCUGGAGGAGCAGGAGGCGGCGCGGGCAGCCGGCGACACGGAGUUCCACUGGACGCCGUCCAAGGUGAUCCACCGGCUCGGCCGCGAGAUCAAUGACGAGCGCUCGGUGUACUACUGGGCCUACAAGAACGACAUUCCCGUCUUCUGCCCGGCCCUGACGGACGGCAGCCUCGGCGACAUGCUGUACUUCCACACGUUCAAGUCGUCGCCGCAGCAGCUGCGCAUCGACCUCGUCGAGGACAUCCGCCGCAUCAACACGCUCUCGGUGCGGGCCAAGCGUGCCGGCAUGAUCAUCCUCGGCGGCGGCGUCGUCAAGCACCACAUCGCCAACGCCUGCCUGAUGCGAAACGGCGCCGAGUCCGCCGUGUACAUCAACACGGCGCAGGAGUUUGACGGCAGCGACGCUGGCGCUCGUCCGGACGAAGCCGUGUCGUGGGGAAAGAUCAAGAUUGGCGCAGACGCUGUCAAGGUUUACAUGGAGGCCACGGCAUGUUUCCCCCUUAUUGUAGCAAACACGUUUGCAAAGGAGCCUUGA